AUGGCGAGAAUCGACGUUCAUGCGCACUGCGUGCCGCAAUCAUACCGCGAAUACUGUCUUGCGAACGAUUUCGCGCAGAAGGGCCACCCUGAUGGGAUGCCUGCGAUACCGCCCUGGGAUCCUUUGGACCACAUUGCCUUGAUGAAACACCUCAAUAUCCAGAAGUCAGUCCUGAGCAUGUCAUCGCCAGGUACUCAUUUGACGCCCGGUAAUAAUGAGGAAGGCAGGUUGGUGACCCGACGUGCCAAUGAAGACAUGGCCAAAAUCUGUGCCGAUCACCCGGACCACUUUCUAUUUUUCGCAUCCCUGCCACUUCCUGACGUUGAGGGGUCUCUGGAGGAAGUCGACUAUGCGUUGGAUCAUCUCGGCGCAUUGGGAUUUCAAAUUCUCACGAACUCACACGGCAUCUACCCCGGCGACCCGCGAUUUAUCCCCGUGUUUGACAAAUUGAAUAAGCGCAAGACAAUUGCCUUUUUCCAUCCAACUAGCUGUCAUGUUCAAGAUCCACAAGAUGCAUCAUCGGUGCAGCGGAUCAACCCGCAACCAGGAGUCGCAAGCCCAGUGGUAGAGUUCAUGUUCGAUUCAACCCGAUCUCUCCUGAGCCUGCUCACAUCGGGGACAGUGACGCGAUGUCCCAAUAUCACGUUUGUGGUAUGCCAUUGUGGAGGGACAUUUCCGCCCGUUUUGGAGCGGAUUGCCGAGUGCUCGGGUUUUCUCAUUGAGGGAGGGAAACAGAUCAGUGGUGAAGAAAUCAAAAAUCUCUUACAGAACCGAUUCUAUUUCGAUUUGGCAGGCGUACCAUUCCCCGACCAAGUGCACGGUCUGCUUCGAAUCGUUGAUUCUUCAAGGUUAGUGUAUGGAAGCGACUAUCCGUUUACCCGGGCACCGCUGGUUGAGGCUCUCGCCAAAAGAGUUGAUGUUGGUCUGGAAACUAACUUCGGAUUGGCUGUGAAACAUCGUGUUUUGUCAGAUAACGCCAAGAAGUUGCUGGGGAUAUAA